UAAUUUCACUUCUCUAGGGUUUUAGGGUUCUUCGAUGUUGAGGCAAAUUGCGCGAGCUUCCGGCUACUGCUGGAGGAGGAAUCGAGAUUUCCACACGCUCUAUUUGCACCGGACAGUCACUGAGGCCGACGAUCGUGCUGCUAGAGCGGUCAGGGUGGGAUUGUUGGGCGUUCUUCGAGUGCUCGAACGCGAUGUGGGGUAUUUUAGACCUGUCGGGGCGGCAAACGCUGACGCGGUGAAGGGUUUCGAUACAAUGUGGGGGAUCGAUCGAAGAAAAGCGCUAGAAUUUCUCGCGAAUGGCGAUCUGGACGAGAUGCUGGAGCAAAUUUACGUCGCUUACAGAGAGCUCAAGAGAAGGCACGAGUGUGUGCUGAUCGAAGGAACACAGUUUUGUAGAGAUGCGAGUGCUUUGGACGCUCACAUUGCCAGUGCUCUUGGAUCGCCAGUGCUCCUUGCGACCAAUGUAGACGCUCUUCGUCAACUAUGGAGCAGUAAGGAUCACGCAGAGAAUUUGCAGGACUGGGCCACAGAAAUAGCAACUUACACUCGAUGCAGCGCUCUUGCUUUUGAAAAGCUGAAGGUCAGAGUUGUGGGAGGUUUUGUAUAUGGAUCUUCUGACGCUCCAGAUAUGAGAAAAGUCUUUUCAAAGUGGAAACUUCAGUUCGUGGGAGCACUUCCAGGCUUCGAUGAACGUGAAAACCCGGUGAAGGCGUUUGCCGAUAACAUUGAGAUCGAGGCUUUAAAACGAAACAUGCCAGAGGAAAAUGCAGCUCCAGUGAGUCCACUGCUGUUCAGAAACUCUUUGUUUUCUAGAGCGAAAGAAAACAAUCAAGUCAUACUGCUGCCAGAGGGUGAUGAGCCGCGAACGGUUCAAGCUGCAGGAUUUAUUCUCCAACACGGGUUGUGCAGUUUAAUCCUUUUGGGAGAGCGAGAAAAACUUCUUGAGGCUGCCAAGGUGUACAAUGUCGAUUUACGCUCGGCCAUUAUCAAAGAUCCAUCCGACCCGCAAGAGCUGGAGAAGUACGCGACAGUGUACUAUCAAACACGCAAACACAAGGGAAUGACGUUGGAAAAAGCAAGAGAAAUUCUUGGCAACGAUCCGAUCACUCUGGGAACUUGCAUGGUGUCUGCCGGAGACGCAGACGGGAUGGUCUGCGGAGCAGUCCACACCACCGCCAACACUGUUCGUCCCGCUCUGCAAAUUAUCAAGACGGAUCCAGCGACGCCAAUCGUCAGCAGCGUAAUGUUCAUAUGUCUCGAAGACGCGGUCGUGGCCUAUGCCGACGUUGCCAUCAAUGCAAGCCCGUCUGCUGACGAGCUCGCGACGAUAGCAAUCGCAUCUGCUGACACGGUCACGGCUUUUGGAUUGGAACCUCGCGUUGCAUUGCUCUCUUACGCAACUGGAGACUCCAAUGCAGGCCCACUUGUACAAAAGGUCGCGGACGCUGCCAGCAUCGCAAGAUCCAGACGCCCGGAUUUAUUACUCGAGGGACCAUUCCAGUAUGAUGCAGCGGUCAAUGCGGCGGCCGCAAAGAUCAAGCUCAAAGGAAAGAAUAGCGAAGUUGCUGGAAAAGCAAACGUAUUCAUCUUUCCAGAUUUGAAUUCCAGCAACAUUGCAUGCAAAGUUGUACAGCAGCACACUGGAGCUACUGUCAUUGGUCCUAUCCUCCAAGGCCUCCGGAAGCCCGUCAAUGAUCUAAGCCGGGGCUGCACUGUCAAAGACAUAAUCGCCACAAUCGCCACUACGGCUAUCCAGGCAGCGGCAGAGAAGAAGAAAAGCAAAGCAGUAGCAGUCGAAGCGAUGAAAGCACGUAAAGAAUAAUAAAAGGACGCAAAACAAAAACAAAACUAGCGACGCUGUGAUCGAUCUACGAGCAAUCAAUCAAAGCGACGACCGUGAAUCAAAAGAAUCUCCUGCGAGAAGUUUUCUCCUUGGUU